GGUAUCUGCGUUGGUCAUCUGUGCCAUCGGCAACGGCGGCGGAAACUGCUGCCAGUUGCAGGGGUGACCUCCAGCCAUGAAGGCGGUACUAUCUGCGGUGGCCGCGCUCUUGUUCAUCGGCUUGGCGACCGGUAGCGCUGUAGGAGCCGACGAAGGUGCGAAGAAGGUGCUCCGGAUAAAACGUGAGGAUCAGUUCUGCGUCCCCAACUCGACCUUCCUGAUGGACUGCAACGAGUGUAUCUGCGAAAUCGACGGUUUGUCGGCGUCCUGCACAGCCAUGGAGUGUCCCGACCGUCUCCGCAGGGGAACCUACGCUGUCUGACGCGCAACAUAUUAAAUGUUGUUUGUAGAUAUUUCUCAACGGACGCAUAGAGGACAUUACACACGUCCAGAUGCAACACGUAUUCCCCAAUCUGUGGCUUUCAUUGUAUAUAGCAGCUAUUUUUAUUGUAAAUAGAAGAAAUACAUUAAUCAAGAACAUAA